GCGAGAGAGAAAGAGAAAGAGAAAGGAGAGAGAAGAAAGAGGAAGGAAGAAAAGUCACACUUUCCUCCCUUCUUCCUUUCCCUUCCCUAAUAGCUGUUGCUGGUGUGCUGACAAUAAAAGGCCUUCUCAUACCCUUCUUUCUCCCUCAUCUUUGCUCAAUCGAGGUCUUCUCGAUUUUCUUCUCUACAAACAACAACGCUCCCUUGCACCCAACAUACACUUCUUCUACUCCUACUCCCUGUCUAAUCCACUACUCAAAAGGAAUUUAGGACAUGUGUAGUGAUUCAAAGAGUAAGCUUUCGUCGUCCCCGAGCCUCGUGAUGGAGAACAAUCUUCAGAAGCAGAAUCUUGAUGGUUUCUGCAACUUCUCGACUUUACUUGAACUGUCUGCUUGCGAUGAUUUCGAAGCUUUCAAAAGAGAAGUAGACGAGAAGGGCGUAGAUGUCAACGAGUCUGGCUUUUGGUAUGGGAGAAGGAUUGGGUCAAAGAAGAUGGGAUCUGAAACCAGGACCCCCCUCAUGAUUGCUUCUUUGUUUGGGAGCACUAGGGUUCUCAAGUAUAUUCUCGAGGCAGGAACUGUUGAUGUGAACAGGGCCUGUGGUUCUGAUAGGGCCACUGCUCUUCAUUGUGCUGCCUCCGGAGGCUCUGAAUCUUCACCUGAGAUCGUCAAGCUUUUGCUAGAUGCCGGGGCUGAUGCUGAAUCCCUUGAUGCUAGUGGAAACAAACCCGCUAAUCUGAUUGCUCCUGCCUUUGAUUCUUCCUCCAAAUCCCGGAGGAAGGCCAUGGAGUUGCUCCUCCGGGGCGGCGGCGAAAGAGAUGAAGUGGUGAGCCAGGAGAUGGAGCUGCAGAUGUUGGCCACUCCCUUCAAAGAAGGUGCUGAGAAAAAAGAAGGAAGUGAUAAGAAAGAGUAUCCCGUUGAUAUAUCCUUGCCUGAUAUCAACAACGGUGUGUAUGGAUCAGACGAGUUUAGGAUGUACAGUUUCAAGGUGAAGCCAUGCUCAAGGGCUUACUCCCACGACUGGACCGAGUGUCCGUUUGUUCAUCCCGGCGAGAACGCAAGGAGGAGAGACCCAAGGAAAUACCCUUAUAGCUGUGUUCCUUGCCCCGAAUUCCGCAAAGGGACCUGCCAGAAAAGUGAUUCCUGCGAGUAUGCUCACGGUGUUUUCGAGUCCUGGCUCCACCCUGCCCAGUACAGAACAAGGCUAUGCAAGGACGAGACUGGCUGCACCAGAAAAGUCUGCUUCUUUGCCCACAAACCUGAAGAGUUACGCCCUGUGUAUGCUUCCACCGGCUCAGCCAUGCCCUCACCAAAAUCCUAUUCAACCACUGCACUAGACAUGACAUCCAUGAGUCCAUUGGCUCUCAGUUCCACAUCUUUGCCCAUGCCAACUGUUUCAACCCCACCCAUGUCUCCAUUGGCAGCAGCUUCAUCUCCAAAGAGUGGAAACUUGUGGCAGAACAAAAUCAACCUCACUCCACCAUCACUUCAGCUCCCAGGUAGCAGACUCAAGGCUGCUCUGAGUGCUAGGGAUCUGGAGAUGGAGAUGGAACUUCUCGGUCUGGAUAGUCCAGCACGCCAACAACAGCAGCAGCAGCAACAGUUGAUAGAGGAGAUUGCCAGAAUCUCUUCACCGUCUUUCCGCAACAAGGAAUUCAACAGGAUCGCUGAUUUGAAUCCAACCAACCUUGAUGAUCUCUUAGCCUCUGCUGACCCUUCUGUGCUAUCACAGCUACACGGACUUUCUGUGCAAUCUUCAACACCUUCCCAAACUGGGCUUCAGAUGCGCCAAAACAUGAACCACCUUCGUGCGAGUUAUCCAUCCAACAUCCCUUCCUCUCCUGUGAGGAAGCCCUCGGCUUUUGGGUUUGACUCAUCAGCUGCUGUGGCAGCUGCAGUGAUGAACUCCAGGUCCGCCGCCUUCGCCAAGCGAAGCCAAAGUUUCAUCGAUCGUGGCGCUGCAACCCACCAUCUCGGCCUGUCCUCACCCUCCAACCCUUCCUGCAGGGUGUCCUCUACCCUCUCGGAUUGGAGUUCCCCUACCGGGAAACUGGAUUGGGGUGUGAACGGAGAUGAGCUGAACAAGCUGAGGAAAUCUGCUUCGUUCGGGUUCAGGAACAAUGGGGUAACUGCUUCCCCCAUGGCUCAGCAUGAACAUGUUGAGCCAGAUGUUUCGUGGGUUCAUUCGUUGGUUAAGGAUGUUCCUUCUGAGAGGUCGGAGAUGUUUGGUGGUGAGAAGCAACAGUAUGAUCUGCUGCCACCAUGGGUGGAGCAGCUGUACAUAGAGCAGGAGCAGAUGGUGGCAUGAGCAAGGGCUGCCAUGGCAAUGCUUCUGGCUUAUUCUGCUGACAAGUUUAUUUAUUUAUUUAAUUAUUUUAUUUAUUUGAACUGCCACUACUAUCCAACAUUACACAGUAUAGUUAGUGAUAGGACAUGUUGCAAAGAACAAAGUUCAGGUUAAUCCACAGAUCUGAACGGAGUUCCAACUUCUAGACGAGGGAAGAAGAAGAAGACGACUUGGAAGAAACGUUGAAGAAACGAUGCUGGAUUUUUUAUUGUAUAAUAUAAUUUAUAAUCUAUUCCCCCUAUUUCUCUACGGGGUGGAUGAUCAUGUAUUUUCUCUAUCAAGUGGACCCAAACUAUUUGUCAUUGAUUAAGUCGCGCAAUUCUUAUCCA